UCGAUCAAUACACAUCCGGCAAAAGAUCAACAUGAAAUGGGUGCAAUAUGUAGCAGUAAGUCAACCACAGUCGUAGACUCACGCCAGCCUGCCACAGACGAAAGUGACAGCGCAGUAUAUACAUACGCAAAUCAUAACACUUCUCGAGUGGAGAGAAGGUCCCCUGACGUGGGAGAACGUGUAGGGUAUAUAAACACUAGCGAAACAUUACUUCAAGAGGACAAGAAUUUACCACGUGGCUUGUCCGAUCCCAAUAUGCCGGCAAGAUUACCAACAGGAGAUGCGACUGUACCCUCGACCAUCGAUGCCAGUUCGUCAAAAACUAAACCAGACAAUCCACGAAUGCAAACAACAUUCACGAACUUGAAAAAUGCACAGCAAUUGUUUGUUACAGAAAUGAAAAAUGAGAACACCGCAACCGAAUUUGAUGGUGUUCAGAAAGUCCUUAAACGGGAUGUUUCUGAUGUUUUCGACGAAUACACGAGUCCAUCAGAAAGAGAAACAAUUGGGGAUUUUAUGGUCGAAAUUGGUUUGGUGGAAACCUUGGUUAAAUUAUACGAAUACAUUAUCGAAGACAUGUAUGACGCAUUCACCUUGGCCACAUCAAUGGACUCGGGCAAGGAAAAACACCUGCUCAAAGAAAUUCGAAAAAUUUUAUGGAAUUUUUCUGAUAGAAGUUUAGAGUUUAAGGAUGCAAUAGCCAAAACUCGAAUUAUGUUUGGGUUCCUGGCCAAGGAUUUACAGGAAAUGAGGAAACACGAAUUCAAUCAAAUUCAAGAAAAUUCAUUUCCUUUCGGAUCAGCCGUGAACAUAAUCCACAACUGUUCUAGAAGUUCCAAUAUCACGAAGGACAUGUACAUGGUAGAUCCUCAGCCUGAUGGAGGUGAAACAGUCUCCCUAAAGACAUGUCUCCAACCUUUUCUUCAUUCAUCUGAUACAUAUGUGAAGCUUAUAACGUUGUUAUCACUGGCACAUAUGAUGGACGAUAAAGAAAGCAAAGAACUAUUGGAAACUGAUGAAACCAUAUUGAACUUUCUACUGGAAAUGAUUCGAAAGGCCACAGAAUCAGAAAAUAGACGACAGCAAGGAUUUUCGGUCGAAGAACUUCUAGAUGGGCUUUCCCGCAUAGCUAAAAAUGAUAGCAACAAAGUUAAAAUUAUGAAAAUCCAUGAUGCUUUCACGCUAAUCAAAGAAAUCAUUAUAAGAGGCAAUGUCGUGUCAGAAACUACCGCUGCAGUUCGAACCAUCUGGGAGUUAGCAUUUGAUACCAAUACUAGAGGUCAAAUCAGGCAAAGUGAAGACUUAAUGAAAAAACUAAAAGAGCUAAAACUUUCUGGAACAGCAGAGCUUGCCAACACAGCGUCGUACGCGUAUUUCGUGAUCACGGAUUCAGAUGACACCGAAUCUGAAGACGACGAAUUACGACACAACACAUCAGAUUCCAUGGUUCCUCCUGAAGAGACAGACAGAAGUAAAAAUCCCCUCAAGUCACAUGCACCUCCGCAUUCUACUAUUGCUGCAGGAGAGACCAGACCAGGACAUAUUAUGCUCAGCUAUAACUGGACACAUCAACCAAUGCUACUGAAGGUGUAUGACAAUUUAACGGAACAUGGCCUUCCGGUGUGGAUGGAUGUCUAUAACAUGAAGGGCAACCUCUUGGACGCCAUGUCUCAGGCUAUUAAAGAUUCCGACAUCGUUGUCAUUUGUGUAUCGGAGCAGUAUGGCAAAAGUGGAAAUUGUCGAACCGAGGCAGAGUUCGCACGGAAGAAGAAGAAGACCAUCAUUCCAUUUAUGAUGCAAAGAAAUGUAGAUUUACCAGGUUGGUUAGACAUGCUGCUUGGUGAAAAGUUGUACUACAAAUUCUACGACUUUGAACUGGGCGACCAGCGGGCAUUUGAUGCACGCAUGGGGGAGGUUAUCGCAGCUCUUGUUGGUCACAUGACACCUAACCAGUCAAGUGUACAACCCUCAUUGCUUCCAUCACCAGACAGAAAAGUAGACGAGCCGCAAACGACGGUUGUAAAACAGAAAAAGUCCCAAGAAACCACUACUAAGGCGCCAAAAGCGAAAAAAUCUAAACAGCUCAAGGAGAACGACAGUCCAUUGGACUCGUGGACAGAGGAUGACAAAGAUAACUGGUUGAGAGACAACAGACUAAACACGUAUAAGGGCAUGAAGGCAAUUACCUGUGAACAACUACAGUUUCUUGUCAAGAUCUCGGUUAAGGCCCCGGAGUUCUUCUAUAGAAGCCUGAAGGAGGAAGUCGGACUGAAUGGUCUGGAGCAACUGAUGCGGGUCAGCAAUGCGAUUGAGGAGCUUGUGUAAUGUCUAUGGCAAAAAGAGACAGUAGCAGAAACCAUAAAACUGGAUACUAAAUAAUGAAAAAUACAAAGGUAACAAACAAUAGAUAUCUUUCGUGGAUGCUACAAAGUGAUUUCUAUCGAACUAAAGUAGUUCAAAAUUUGUUAUAGAUAUACACUGUACACUGUAGCACGUUACAUAAGGUAAUACAAUUUAUUGCAUGUUUGCCAGUGAAAUAUAGAAUUUAUCAAACUAAUAAAACUGAUAUUUUCACUGCAGCGAUGAGCAGUGAAAAUAUAAUAUUUUGCAGUGAAAAUAUAAGUUUUGCAGUGAAAAUAUAAGUUUCGUUUCUGACCAAUCAGAGCGAAACUUUGUAUUCAUCUCAUUGAAAUUUGCCGACUUUUCCAAUCGAAGCGAAGAUAGAUAAAUUGGUUAUUUUGCUGUAUUUCUGAAAUAUUCAGACAGGUUUUGGCAAAAUACUGACUUGACGUUAGCUAAGCAUGCACAGAUUCUCCGAUUACACCAUAAAACGCUUAAUUGCGUUGAUCAGUGCUUUCAAAAUAGCGCCGUCAAGUUGACGUGGAGUAACGUCACAAAGAGUGAGUCUUGAAUUAUGUACCUGAUUCCCGCACUUUUUGACACUUUUAAUUUUUCGAUUGUUUUGAGUUUUUAAGUAUAUAAGAUGCAAUAAAAAGAAAAUUGAAUAGUUUCCCUUUUAAAUAUAACAUAUGCAAUGUAUUUCACUCAUAUGACAGAAAAUAUCGAUAUUCUGUCAUACUAGUGAAAUAUAUGUUAUAUUAAACAGGAAACCAUUCAAUAUUCUCUAUAUCAUAUAUAAACGAUACACACUCGUGCUAUGUAAUGUAUAAUGUUGAGUAGUAUAAAUUUUAUCAUUGAAUAACAUAUUGCGUUUACAUUCAACUAUGCAUUCUCCUUUUAACACUUUACAACUAACUAGAUCUCAUUUCAUUCUACGCAAUUUGGUGACUACAUAUCUAUGUUUUAAUGGUAUUUUGAUAUAUAUAUAUGUAUAUAGAAUAUAUUCAGCUAUUUAUAAACAAUAGCAAUAUAAUCGUAUUGUAAUUGUAACGUUAUUUGUAGAACGUUUUCUGUAUUGAGUGAGAGUGGAUUAUCAGAGGUUCAGCAACUGAUCAGGAGUCGACAGUAGUAUGCAGAGAAGUUCUGCAGAAACAGCUGUAUGGUGCAGUUUUAUGUGAUUUAGUAGGCUUGAAUACAUGCUAUACAAAUAUUGUAUACUAAUAUCUAGCGAUAAUAAAUAUGGUUGUAUGGUACUUAAAUACAAUGUGCAUGAUCGUAUAUGUUUAUAUAUAUAUAGUCAAGAUAGCGCCAGUAUAGUUAUACAUGUAUACAUACUGUACCUAUUCGUGUAGCACCAGUGUGGUUGUACAUGAAUACAUAUCACUUAUAUGGUUGUACACGUAUACAAAGCAUCAGUAUGGUUGAAGAUGUAUACAUAUCAUCAUUAAGGAUGAACAUGUAUUCAUAUCAUCAGUGUGGUUCUACAUGUAUACAUAUAACAAGUAUGGUUGUACAUGUAUACAUAUCACAAGUAUUGCUGUACAUGUAUACAUAUCACCAUUAUGGUUGUACAUGUAUACAUA